CUCUCCCCAAAUGGUACUAUUUCUGGGCGCACUUCGUCCUACUCCUUCAUCAUUGUCCCUAAUUGGUUUCGCCCAUUCAAGGCUCCAAUCUUCUCUCUCCCUAUACCCACUCUCUGUUUCCAGAUUUGGGUCUCCUCAAUUCAAGCGAAUUUUUCAAGCUAGUCUUCAAUCAAAGUCUGCAGAUGCACAACCUGGUGUACAGACACUUGCAGAACAACCUGAAAUCAUAUUUUUGGGGACAGGAACUAGUGAAGGCAUUCCACGUGUGAGCUGCCUCACCAAUCCUGAAAAGAAAUGUCCGGUGUGUUCAAAAGCAGUGGAACCAGGCAGUAAGAAUAAGAGACUCAACACAAGCAUCCUUAUCAGUCAUCCUAGGCCCUCUGGAAGAUGUAACAUUCUUAUAGAUGCUGGAAAGUUCUUCUACCAUAGUGCUCUACGAUGGUUUCCUUCUUAUGGGAUAAGAACAAUUGAUGCGGUUAUUAUUACACAUUCUCAUGCUGAUGCAAUUGGAGGUUUGGAUGAUCUUCGCGAUUGGACGAACAAUGUUCAGCUCCAUAUUCCAAUUUAUGUAGCACCACGUGAUUUUGAGGUAAUGAAGAAAACUCAUUAUUAUUUAGUGGAUACAAGCGUUAUAAUACCUGGUGCUGCAGUCUCGGAGUUGGAAUUUAAGAUCAUACAUGAAGAGCCAUUCCAAGUACAUGAUCUAAAGAUUACUCCUUUACCUGUCUGGCACGGAAGUGGUUAUCGUUCCCUUGGUUUUCGCUUCGGCGAUAUUUGUUACAUUAGUGAUGUUAGCGAAAUACCUGAAGAAACUUAUCCACUUUUGAAGGACUGUGAAAUUCUUAUCAUGGAUGCAUUGAGGCCAGAUCGAUCUUCUUCAACACAUUUUGGACUUCCAAGGGCUCUCGAGGAAGUUCGAAAAAUCCAGCCGAAACGAACUCUUUUCACCGGUAUGAUGCAUCUGAUGGAUCAUGAAAAAGUAAAUGAAGGUCUUAUAAAAUUGAUGGAUACUGAGGGUCUUGAUGUGCAAUUAAGCUAUGAUGGACUCCGCGUUCCAAUUACUCUAUAGCCCUUCAUUUUCUCUUUUAUUCUAAAUUGGCUGUUCUUUCUCAAUUCUGUAUACAAACUUGAAUUUCAGAAAAUUUUCAAUAUUGUUUUUAUGUGAAUUUUCAAACUUGAAUUUUCUCAUUUCUCUAAUUUGGCCAUUCUUCUAGUGUGGACUUGUACACCCCCAUAUAAUUCUUGUACCUUGUUUAAAUAAAAUGAUGUGAACUUCCUCAAAAAAAAUUAAAAUGAAGAAGAAAUAUGAUGCGAAGGCAAUGAUUCAAUAAAAUUAGCACCAUUUCAAUUUUUAA